UGUAUUUCACACUUGACAUUUAAAAUAACAAUACAUUAAAACUACACAACUGUAUAUUAUAGUACUAAAUAUUAAUUCUAAUGCAAAUCUCAAGCCUUUCGCGUAUUAUUGAAACGUGCAAAAUAAUAAAUGUUAAACGAAACAAUUAUGUGGGCACAUUUAACCGAAAUCAUUUAGUAAAAGUGUAUUAUUAUGACUUAUGAAUUCAAAAGGAAAUAAUUGAUGUUGUGGUGAAAGCGGCGCUUUUCCUAACAGCAUGUCAAGAAAAUUAGCCCCAUCAGAAGACCAAUCAGAGAAGUUGGUGGCAUACUUAGAAGAGAAUCGUUGGCUUGCCCUAGGUCAUGCUCGAACAUGGCAUGCCAGACACCGUUCGAGAGUUGGCUGGCAAAAUAUAGCUAAUGAAUUAAACUGUGACAGCCAAGGGUGUUAUAAGACAUGGCAACAAUGGGCAAAGUAUUGGAUAGACAAAAAGAGCGCUAUCAAAAGAAAAGCGGCCCUAAUCAAAGCUUCAAAAACCCAACGCAAUGACGAUACAGCACUGAGCCCGCUAGAGGAGAGGAUAAUGACGUUAAUGGAAGGAGGCGUUGACUGUGAGAAAAAGAUGGAGAAUAACAUCUCGUUUCCAGUUAAAGAUUUAGAAGAUCCGUGUUCGAUGGCAUCGGAUUCGGAGACGGAGGAAAAGUCAAAUGAAAAAGAAAUGGAGGAUCCACUUCUGGGUUCGUUAUGGAUCAAGUGUGAGCCAAGUGUCCAGUAUGACCAGCAGUCGCAAGAAGACAUAUCAUCUAAUCGAAGACAACCCCCUAACUACCCCGUAGCUACACCAUCAAUCACUCGUCGACGUCCUUUGGUGACAAGACGGCUCCCUCAAAGGACGCGUAAUCAGCGUCAAUCGAAAACGGUGGGAAUAAUCGAACGCCUGAUCGCAAUAGAGGAGAAACGAGCUGAAACGGACUACAUGAUGGCCCAAACUCAACAGUCAGUCGUCGAUGUUAUGCGACAAAUGAGCGAAUCGUGGACGAGGCAAAGCCAAGCGUUACAGGACUUAGUCAAUAAAGUUACUAAAUGAAUU